AUGGGGGGGGGAGAUGGGAUGGAGAAAACCAAUGGAAGAGAGCUGGGACAGGAACGCAGUACUAGGGACCUGCCACAAGAUGACAAAUGUGUGGCCAUUAAGAAGCAGCUUCUACAGGAGUUCCAGUUAGUCCCAGCUACAGUAUCUGACAUAGAUAUCAGGGCCUUCACCGGAUUCAACCAACAGCGCACCUUCAGCACCAACUAA